AUGAUAGUAUAUAUUUUCGCCAAGGGCAUCUUCGUCGCGCUAUGCCAGCCUUCGUCAUCCGUUCAGAUCGCAGCGCUGUUUGUUAUUGAGGUCCUCAUGCUGGUCGCAGUGUGCGUUAUUCGACCAUGGAUGGACAAAAAGACCAACAUCAUGAAUAUCAGCGUUACAUCCAUCAACCUUCUUAACACCCUUAUACUUCUUAUCAUUAACUUCCGCGAGCGCGAUAUGGCAACGAGUAUCCUGGGAGUCAUCCUAUUCGUCUACAAUGCCAUCCUCACCCUUAUCCUCAUCAUUGUCAUCUUGAUCGCUUCGAUCAUGGCCCUCGUGUCCAAAAACCCCGACAACAAGUACCAAGUAAUGAAAGACGACGGCUCCUCUAUCAUGUCCCGCACACACAUGACAGAAUUAGACGCUCUAGGUGCCGCAGCGCGAGGCUCCUCCGACCAAAACCCGAAGCAGAACCCCUUUGCCCACAACGAAGUCCCUCCAAACCAUGGCAACGGCCUCCAGCCCUCAGACCGGACAUCCCCAAGCCAUAUGACCGGCGCAAACCAUUCGCCAUCCUCUCCACUUGACCCGUCCGUUCCUCUCUUCCCAUCCAGUUAUACCCGGAGCGCAUCACCCUACGAGUCUGGCGAUCAUAACCUUAGCCCAUCCGAGUACAGCCAGCCAGGUGUCUCUCCGGUCAAUCGGGGAUACAAUGUUUCGCCCAUUCACACACCGUCGCCACACGCGUACGGGGCAGGCAACAAUGCUACUCCGUGGCAACGGGGAGCCGGGUACGACCAUUAG